GUGUUGACAGAAAGAGCUUAAGGGGAGGAGGGGAAUGGAGAGAACAGAGCCCGGGGCUGGGGGUCUACUGAGACUCGAGAACGCCAAGAGUCCCUCCCCAUCAUGAACCCCCUCCACUACUGCAGCUGGAAGAGCUUUUCACAGUCUCUGUGCUCCCCUGGGGCAAGAGAGGUCGAGCAAGCAGUUUGGGUGGGAAAAGAGAACUGGAGGAAGUUGACAGGGAUGGGCGGGGCCCGUGGGGGGGCUGACCAGGAACCCAGCUUCCUGCUCAGUACCCAGGCAUCUAGCCCCUGGCUCACCCCCACCCCUUCCAGCCCCCACUCCCCUCAGGAACCUAGGGUUCCAGCCCUCCUACCAAAUCCCAGCUACCCCUCCCCCCAUCAGUUUCUCCCCCCCAGGGGAUGGAGGCCGAGAGACCCCAGGAAGAAGAGGAAGGUGACCAGGGCCCCCAUCAGGAUGAGCUUGACUGGCCCCCUGUGAACACCACCGCUCGGCCUUGGCGAUCUGCUCCUCCAUCCCCUCCUCCUCCAGGAACCCGCCACACAGCCCUGGGGCCCCGCUCCGCCUCCCUGCUUUCCCUACAGACUGAGCUCCUUCUGGAUUUGGUGGCUGAGGCCCAGUCCCGCCGCCUAGAGGAGCAGAGAGCCACCUUCCACAUCCCCCAGAACCUCCCAAGCAUAUCCCCAGCCCCACUCCGGCCUCUUGAGGACAGAGAACAGCUCUACAGCACUAUCCUCAGUCACCAGUGCCAGCGGAUGGAAGCCCAGCGGUCAGAGCCUCCCCUACCCCCAGGGGGACAGGAGCUCCUGGAGUUGCUGCUGAGAGUUCAGGGUGGGGGUCGAAUGGAGGAGCAAAGGUCCCGGCCCCCCACACAUACCUGCUGAGACUUGAGCCCGCGCCUACCAGCCACUCCACACUCCCGGGGCUCAAAGCUG